UGGCGGAGGCGAACAGCCAGCUUCUCGGCACGCACCUCGCAUGGUCCGCAGCACUGACACUGCGAGUGUGAAGCAAAAGAUCAGGACAACAGACAGGGGGAUUAGUACUGCAGUCCCCUGAAGCCCCCGAACAAGUAACAACCCCUCACGCAUUCCCCCUCCCGCACAGAAACGCACAGCAGCAGUACGCACCAUGGAGGGGGCCGCGGCGGCGGCCGGAGCCGGAGGGGACAACCCGAACCGGGCUGUGGAGUAUUUGCUAGAACUCAACAACAUCAUCGAGACCCAACAGAAGCUGUUGGAGACGCAGAGACGGCGGAUCGAGGAACUAGAAGUACAGCUGGACAAACUGAGUCAGGAAAACAGGGAUUUGCGUGAGUACCAGGACCAAUACCCACACCAGCACCAUCAGCAGCACCACCACCAUCAUCAUCAGCACCAAUCUCGACCCGAACAGCAGGAGCAACAACAAACACGGGAGAGAAUGCAGAGAAGCAGCAAAGCAGCGUCCAGAAGCUCCAGCCCAGGACCAGGUGCAGGACCAGCGGCACAGGGAGUGGGACAAGGCACCAACAGCAGCGUAAACUCCGCAACAAUGCAGAGGAAGUCAGAUGGAGAAAACUCAAGGACUACAAGGUCAGUAACCCCUUUCAGUCACAGUUUAUCUGUUUCACUUUGGUAAAUCCAUCCCUUGGAAAGCAUGUGUUCCGGGAUGUAAAAAGGAAAUAUAGUCACAUAUUCUGGCUUUUGCCAUUAGCAUAGAUCAAUUAAAUAACAGCCACACCACAAGUUAUUAGAAGUGUUCUCAGACGAUAGUAGAUGCCAAUUUCUGGCCAAAGUGAUCAGCUACUGGGCAUCUUGGACAGAGAAAAUUUAUCCAGCAGCUGUUUUAAAGUUA